CGGGGAGGCCGCGCUGCCGGGGCGUCGGGGACGCGAGGAGCUCCGGCGUCGGCGGCGGCCUGGGACGAGGCGGAGCCCCGCGCCGGCCCUGCGCUCCGGCGAUGGCAGCGGCUACCAUUGUGCACGACACGUCUGAGGCGGUGGAGCUGUGCCCCCCGCACGGCCUGUACCUCAAGCCCAUCACAAAGAUGACCAUCAGCGUGGCCCUGCCGCAGCUGAAGCAGCCGGGGAAGUCCAUCUCCAACUGGGAGGUGAUGGAGCGGCUCAAGGGCAUGGUGCACAGCCACCAGUUCUCCACGCUACGCAUUGCCAAGAGCACCAUGGACUUCAUCCGCUUCGAGGGCGAGGUGGAGAAUAAGAGCCUGGUGAAGUCCUUCCUCGCUUGCCUGGACGGCAAGACCAUCAAGCUUAGCGGCUUCUCUGACAUCCUGAAGGUGCGUGCCGCCGAGUUCAAGAUCGACUUCCCCACGCGCCAUGACUGGGACUCCUUCUUCCGUGACGCGAAGGACAUGAAUGAGACCUUGCCGGGCGAGAGGCCGGACACCAUCCACCUGGAGGGGCUGCCAUGCAAGUGGUUUGCCCUGAAGGAGUCAGGCUCGGAGAAGCCCAGUGAGGAGGUGCUUGUCAGGGUGUUUGAGAAGUUUGGGGAGGUGCGCAACGUGGACAUCCCCAUGCUGGACCCCUACCGGGAGGAGAUGACGGGCCGCAACUUCCACACAUUCAGCUUCGGGGGGCACCUGAACUUCGAAGCCUACGUCCAGUACCGCGAGUAUGCGGGCUUCAUCAAGGCCAUGAGCGCCCUGCGCGGCAUGAAGCUCAUGUUCAAGGGCGAGGACGGCAAGGCUGUGGCCUGCAACAUCAAGGUUUCUUUUGACUCGACCAAACACCUGAGUGAUGCCUCAAUUAAGAAGCGGCAGCUGGAGAGACAGAAGCUUCAGGAGCUGGAGCAGCAGAGAGAAGAGCAGAAACGCAGAGAGAAAGAGGCUGAGGAGAAGCAGAGAGCGGAGGAAAGGAAGCAGAAGGAGCUGGAGGAGCUGGAGCGAGAGCGGAAGAGGGAGGAGAAGCUCCGCAAACGAGAGCAGAGACAGCGGGACCGCGCGCUUCGCCGCAGCCAGAAGAAGCUCGAGCGGCUGCAGGCUGAGGAGCAGAGGAAGCUGCAGGACAAGAUCAGGUCGGAGGAGAGGAAGCUGCUGCUGGCUCAGAGGAACCUCCAAUCCAUCCGACUGAUUGCCGAGCUGCUCAGCAGGGCCAAGGCCGUGAAGCUGCAGGAGGCUGAGCGACAGGACGAGCGGAGGCGACUGCAGGCGCAGGAGGAGCGGAGGCGGCUGCAGGAGGCGGAGCUGCGGCGCGUGGAGGAGGAGAAGGAGCGUGCGCUGGGGCUGCAGCGCAAGGAGCGCGCCCUGCGGGAGCGUCUUCUCAGCAUCUUACUCAGCCGCCAGGGAGACGUGGCACCGCGCGCGCAGGACGAGCUGGCCACGGCGCACGCUGACCUGCUGCGGCCUGUGCUGGACAUGUUGCAGAGCGUGUCCGUCAGCUGUGCGGGCGCUGCCCCUCCCAAGGAGGCCUCUGCGCGCCCAGAUGCUGUGCCCCAUCCCGGAGAUGUGAAUGGGAGUGCGGCCGAGGAGGCACCUGGCGCGGAUGUCACGAACUCCCGCGCGGCCCCAGCUGCAGGCUCGCCCGAGAAGGGGUGUCCCGGAGUCUUGGCUUGCAUCCCCGACAACACUCAGCAGCCCAAAGGUGCGCCCGCCAGCAGCCAGAACUCGCCCAAGAGGGAUGUCCGCUCCGAGCAGGACAAGUGCAACCGUGCACCCAGCGCGGGCCGGGGCCGCGCCAGCCGGGACCGUGGUUCUGAAGGCCAGCACCGGGCGCGCAGCCGGGCGCGCAGGGCGGGCAGCGCAAAAGACGCGCGGCAGCGGGCGGGCCGGCGGCCUCACAGCAGGCGCUCUCCACGGGACCAGAGUUCAACCCGGCGCGGUGGCAGCGCGGACCAUGCGCGUUCGCGGCGCUCUCGGUCUAGGGAGCGGUCCAGCCGCAGGGAGCGCAGCCGUGGCCGCAGGAGCAGCGGCAGCCGCAAGCGCAGCCGCCGUCGCAGUGGGCGCUCGCGCUCGCGCUCCGCCAGCCGGCACCGGAGCACCUGGAACAGGUAAUGAAGGGCCGGCCUCCCCAGCCCGGGAGCAGGCCAAGCCGCCUGCUGUCCACCCGCCGCUCGCUAAGCCUCAGCGCCGAAUGUCCAAGGAGCCCAGCCCUGCGGGGGAAGGAAGACGCACGGGCGGACAGCGUGCGCCAUACUCAGUUCCCUGUGGUUGAAGAAGGCGCACUGGGGCUUUCUUUUCAGAAGUAUAGCGGUCAGUCAGUAGCUUUAGCUUUCCUCUGGAAAAUUCUGAUCCGAUAGCUUUAACGUCACCGAUCUCGCUAAAUCCGGACAAACGUGUAGACUGACGGUUUUAUGAGACCUACCGCAUAGAUACGUGCAGCGUUCCUACCUGGAUUUUUGUGCGCGCCCUGGACAUUCACACGACCAGCAGCAGGUGGGUGGCCAAAGGCUAUGGACCGCACAGUGCCACCUGGGGUACUGAAGAGAAAUACCCUUUCCCUUGUGAUUUUUUUUUUUUUUUUUAAUCUUAACUGAUAGAAAAACUUGGGUAGAACGCCCACAGGCCACAGUGCUCUGGGCAUGUUAAGUCGUGUGUGAAGAUGGUACAAGCCGUUAAAAUCAGCAAUUCAGAUGUGACCGUCCUUCAGAUAUCUGUACACCACGGGGGUGUGGUACGGGACGUGCUGUAACUUCUAGAACCUUCACUCUUUGCAAAUUCAAGUAAUUCAACGUUUAAAAAAAAAAUGGGUUAAAAGCUUUGGUUUCUAGUAAAGAUUAGCGUGUGUGGUUUUUUCAAAGAAGCUGUUUUUGCUAAAUUAUUUUUACUCGAGGCGUUUCCAACAGAUUUAAGCCGGCAAAGUUGUUAAAUUUUAUAAUCGUUUGCUUCUCCAAAAAACAAAGACAAGAAAAAAAAAAAAAACCGCGAAGCUCAGGAAUACUUAAAAACAGUUGUAACCUUCGCCGUUAUGGAAGAGCGUGUCUGUUCAGUUGGCAUUUUUAUGGUGAAAUAAAGCUGUUUUACAAUGA